AUGAAGAACAUACAUAUGUACAAUCCGAGAUUACAUGAACGCACUUCGUGGCUCUCCGGCGGCUGCAUCUCGAGGAGGAGCAGAGAUUUCUGGCGCGAUCGUGUGGGAAAAUUCGUGCCUUCGGCCCAAACGGUCGGCCUGAGCGCCCAAAAUUCCCAUUCUCGCUUCAGUCGUGCGCCGAAGACCAUCCUGCGCGGAUGGCCAAGAAGUGUUCUGCCCACAUUCCCAGAAAUCGGACCCUCAGUGAUUUCAGUGUCUCCGCUUCCAUUCACCCGUUCGAGGGCUUCGAGGUGCUUCGGGCGCAGAAUGGGGCCCAGUGGAGGCGCGAUCUUGCUGAUCGCGGCUCUCUUGCCCGCGAUCACAAGUGCGGCCGAACUCACGCCGCCGUACUUCAAUCUGGCCGAGGGGCGCAAGAUUUACGCCACGGCGACGUGCGGCGUGGACACGGACGGACCUGAGCUGUACUGCAAGCUCGUUGGCGCCAACACGGAGAACGACCACAGCUACUAUGAACUGAUCCAGGGACAAGUUUGCGACUAUUGCGACCCGACCAACCCGGAGAAAUCGCACCCGCCGACGUACGCCAUCGACGGCACGGAGAACUGGUGGCAGAGUCCGCCGCUGUCGCGAGGGAUGAAGUACAACGAAGUGAAUCUGACCAUCGAUUUCGGCCAAGAAUUCCAUGUGGCAUAUUUGUUCAUUCGCAUGGGAAAUUCACCUCGUCCAGGUUUGUGGACUCUCGAGAAGUCCACGGAUUAUGGGAAGACGUGGAAGCCUUGGCAGCACUUUUCCGACACUCCGGCUGACUGUGAAACGUACUUCGGCAGAGACAGUCUCAAGCCCAUCACGAAGGACGAUGACGUGAUUUGCACGACUGAAUACUCCAAGAUUGUUCCUCUGGAGAGUGGAGAAAUUCCAGUGACUCUGCUGAACAAUCGUCCUUCGGCGAACAACUACUUCAACUCCACGAUUCUGCAGGAGUGGACGAGAGCCACGAAUGUGAGGAUUCGGCUGCUGAGGACGAAGAAUCUUCUGGGACACUUGAUGUCUGUCGCGCGACAGGAUCCGACUGUCACUCGUCGCUACUUCUACUCCAUCAAGGAUAUCUCCAUCGGAGGUCGUUGCAUGUGCAACGGACACGCCGACACGUGCCACAUCCUCGAUCCCUCGAGUCCCAACCGCGUGUUGGCUUGUCAGUGUCGCCACAACACCUGCGGAAUUCACUGCAACGAGUGCUGUCCGGGCUUUGAGCAGAAGAAGUGGCGCCAAAACACCAACGCUCGUCCUUUCCACUGCGAACCUUGCAACUGCUUCGGCCACUCCGGAUCGUGCGUCUACGAUGAGGAGAUAGACGAGAAGGGUCUGUCGCUGGACAUUCACGGCCACUACGAAGGCGGAGGCGUUUGUCAGCACUGCCAGCACAACACCGAGGGCAUCAACUGCAACAAAUGCAAGCCCACUUUCUACCGCCCGCGCGGGCGUCACUGGAACGAGACCGACGUCUGCCAUCCGUGCAAUUGCAAUCAGCACUACUCCACUGGGAAUUGCGAGGAGGAGACUGGACGCUGCGAGUGCCGCAAGGAGUUCCAGCCGCCAUUCUGUGAUGCCUGUUCUUACGGACACUUUGGAUAUCCCGAUUGUCGGCCUUGCACGUGCAAUCUCAACGGAACCGAGGGAUAUUAUUGCGAGCCACACGACGGUAGCUGUCCUUGCAAGCCAAAUUUCGCUGGCCAGUUUUGCGAGAAGUGCGCUGAAGGAUACUUCAAUUUCCCGGAAUGCACGCCUUGCGAAUGCUUCCCUCUGGGAUCGGUGAGCCUGGUGUGCAAGGAGGACGGACAGUGUCCGUGUCUGAGGAACUAUGCCGGAAAGCAUUGCGACACCUGCAAGAACGGAUACUUUGGCUUCCCUGGCUGUGCUUACUGCGAUUGCGACAUUCGCGGCACUGUUGAUGAGGUGUGCAACAAGGACACCAGCGAGUGCAUCUGUCGCGAAGGCUACGGUGGUCAGCGAUGUGAUAGAUGCAUUAACGGCUACUACAACUAUCCUGAUUGCGUGCCAUGCAACUGCUCGACAGACGGCAGUGUGUCCAUGUCCUGCGACGCGACAGGCAAGUGCAAUUGCAUCACGAACUUCGCCGGAAGGACGUGCUCAUCGUGUGCCGCCGGAUACUACAAAUACCCAGAGUGCCUGCGAUGCAACUGCGACAUCCACGGAUCGGACGGAAUAUCGUGCAAUGCUGAGGGUCAGUGUCUGUGCCUCAAUAACUUCGAUGGCAAAACGUGCAGCCAGUGCAAGGAGGGAUACUACAACUUCCCAGCUUGCGAGGAGUGCAACUGUGAUCCCGCUGGUGUGAUAUCGCAAUUCGCUGGAUGCGGUUCAGUGCCUGCCGGCGAGUUGUGCCAGUGCAAGAAGCGCGUCACGGGACGUAUUUGCGAUAUGUGCAAACCGCUGUACUGGAAUUUGAACGUGUCGAAUCCUGAAGGCUGCGAGGAGUGCAACUGCUUUGUGGAUGGCACAAUUGGAGCUCUGGACACUUGCGACAUCAAGACUGGACAGUGUCCAUGCAAGCCAACAGUGCGCGGAAGGACGUGCAACAUGUGCAAGGAUGGCACAUUCGAUCUUCACGCGGGCAGUCUCUUCGGGUGCCAGGAUUGUGGGUGUGACAUUGGAGGAUCGAUCAAUGGCGUGUGCGAGAAACACACCGGACAGUGCAAAUGUCAUCCCAGGAUCACCGGACGAACGUGUAAUCAGCCGCUCACGACUCACUACUUCCCGACGCUCUAUCAGUAUCAGUACGAAUAUGAGGACGGCAGAGGACCACACGGAGAAUUUGUGCGCAACAAUCACGACGAGACGAUCUUCCCGGACUUCAGCAAGAAGGCUUACGCGGUGUUCUCCAAUCUGCAAACUGAGGUGCUCAAUGAGGUGCACAUCUUCAAGUCGUCGGUCUAUCGUGUGGUAAUUCGCUAUGUGAAUCCAUCGGAUAAGAACAUCAUUGGACAGAUUACAAUCCAAUCGGACAAUCCCAGUGAAGCUGAUCAGACGGCGAAAGUACUCUUCAAGCCGACAGAUAAACCCACUUUCGUGACUGUUUCCGGAUCUAGAGGCGAAAUUCCCUCACCAGUUGUUCUUGAUCCUGGCCAUUACAUCUUGAAGACCAGCAUUGACAAGGUCAUCUUUCUGGAUUACUUCGUGCUUUUGCCAGCUGCUUACUACGAAGCCUCACUGUUGACCAGGAAAAUUGAGAAUCCCUGCGAAAUCUCGGAUCUCAGCCUCUGCAGCCACUACAGAUAUCCAUCUGUGGACAUGUACGAGCCCAAAUACUAUCCAUAUAAGAAGGACUUCAACAUAAUCAUACUCGAUGUGAACUACAUGGACACUGCGGACAUGAAGAUACUGGACAACAACAAGAUCGCGAUUCUCUCUGGCUAUCAACCGGCGCUUCACUAUGAUUUGAAAGUGGAGGAAACUGGACGAUACAUAAUCGUUGUGGAUUACAUCACUGGACGCAACAACACAGAAGCUGUGCUCAGCAAUGUAAAGUUCAACAACGACGAGGAUGGCAUCAUCACGUACUAUUCCUGUCCGUACACCACGGCUUGUCGCCAGCCGGUAAUCGAUGCAGAGUCUCGCGAGAAGAUUGUGUUCCUCAGGAAGGACGAUCGAGAGGUGAGCAACACAGUCAUUCUCAAUGCUGGCCAGAAUGAGGUCGGCAUUGUGUCCGUCACGGCGAUUCCGCUGGAAGAAUGGUCACUGGAUUAUGUCACGCCGAGUCCUGUGUGUGUCAUGCGCGAUGGACUCUGCGUUCAGGGAUCCUUCCGCACAGCUCCGGACUCCAAGAAGAUAGAAUUCGAGACCGAUCACGAAGAUCUGGUGGCGAAGUUCCAUCCAGUGAACAUUUUCGAUCUCAAUGCGAAUCUUGUCUAUCUCGCGAAGGAUCAAAGAACUGUGGAAGUGCAAUCAAAGGUGCCAAAUCCCGGACGAUAUGUGGUGCUGGUGAAGUACUAUCAGCCUCAUCAUCCAACAUUCAACAUUGACUAUCGCAUUCAAGUGGAUCAGCAAUCACACGAUGGCAAAUUCCCGGUGCGUCACUGUCCAUCCAAUGUGGGAUGCCGAGAGUUGAUCAAGGGCGAAGGAGAGUACAUUUGGUUCGACAUUGAGAAUGAUUUCGCACUCACUCUGACCAAUUCUGAUCCGCACAAGGAUGUGUGGCUGGACUUCGUGCUGCUCGUGCCGGCGGAGCAAUUCAAAGAGUAUCUUCUGAACCAGGAAACCUUCGAUCAGACUAAAGAAUUCAUCCAGUACUGCGGCCAAGAUCACUUCUACGUGCAGCUCAAUGCGUCUGACUUCUGCAAGAAGGCCGUCUUCUCGCUCACGGCUGACUACAAUCACGGCGCUUUGCCGUGCGCGUGCGACAUUGACGGCUCCACGAGUCUCGAGUGCGAUCCUUUCGGCGGCCAGUGUCAGUGCGGACCUCAUAUCACGGGCAGGCAGUGCGACACGUGUCGCAUCGGCUACUACGGCUUCCCCUACUGCAGAGCCUGCAACUGUCCACCAACGGCGCAGUGUCAUCCGCAGACCGGCGAAUGCGUUUGUCCGGAGAAUGUCGUUGGCGAGAAGUGUGAUCGCUGCGCUCCUUACGCGUAUGGCUUUGACACAGUCAGUGGCUGUCGAGAGUGUCACUGUGAUCCACUCGGCGUGGUCUAUGGCAAUAUUCAGUGCGACAUCAACAACGGAAGCUGCUCGUGCAAGCCUCAUGUGGUGAACAGAGCCUGCGACAGGUGCGAGAACGGCUACUUCAACUUCCCUUACUGCGAUCCUUGCAAUUGCGAUGUUCGCGGCACGACCUUCGAAAUCUGCGAUCAGGCUGACGAGUCGUGCUACUGCAAGAAGAACGUUGUUGGACCGAAUUGUCGAGACUGUGCUGAAGGCACUUACAAUCUCCAGGCGUCGAAUCCCGAAGGAUGCACUAAGUGCUUCUGCUUCGGCAAGACAACGCGCUGUGAAAGUGCCUUCUUGCGACCACUGAACAUCAGCAUGUUCAAAGAUGUGACUGUGGCUUCGAUUGCUGCCUUGCCCGAGGACGUUCUCAUCGAGGAGUGGCAGCCCAACAAGGAACACAUCCUUGUGGAUGAUCAGCGACUUGAGAUCCAAGUGGAUUUCAAUGGGCUGAACACUGAAGAGCUCGGCGUUGUGUAUUUCGGCAUGAUUGAUCGACUCGUGGGACAGGAUAAUCAUCUCACAGCCUACGGAGGACAUCUCACGUACACCAUUCUCUACACAACUGGACUCUACGGCAGUGCCAUCAUUGCACCCGAUGUCAUUCUCAAGGGAAAGGAUCAGACUCUCGUGCACCAGAGCUAUGAACAGCCUGCCAAUGCUCACGUGUUCCGCGGCGUGGUGAAAAUGGUGGAAUCGAAUUUCAGAACUGUGAGCGGAGCUGCUGUGACACGUGAGCAGUUCAUGACUCUGCUGAAGUGCCUGGAGAAGAUUUACAUCAGAGGAACUUACUGGGAUGGCACAAAAGUCUCGCGAUUGUCCGAAGUUGCCUUGACCAUGGCAGAUGCUGAUCUCGAGCACUACGGACUGUACGAGGAUCUGGCUGUGGAGAAGUGCUACUGUCCUGCUGGAUAUCAGGGCUUGUCGUGCGAGGACUGUGCUCCUGGCUACUAUCGCGAUCCCAACGGUCCUCAUGGUGGCUACUGCAUCCCAUGCCACUGCAACGGACACGCGAAGACGUGCGAUUACAACACGGGAAUCUGCCACGAGUGUCUGCACUCCACGACGGGCGAUCACUGCGAGACGUGCAUUGAAGGAUACUACGGCAAUGCGACGUACGGCACACCGUACGAUUGCAUGAUCUGCGCCUGUCCCAUGCCCAUUGAGGGCAACAACUUCGCCACCAGCUGCGAAGUGUCCGAGGACGGCUACCAGAUUCACUGCGAGUGCAAGCCAGGAUACGCUGGCGCCCGAUGUGAGAGCUGCGCCGCCGGAUUCUUCGGCGAGCCCGAGAAGGAGGGACACACUUGCAGACCUUGUGACUGCUCUGGCAACAUCGACACCACAAUGCCCGGAUCGUGCGACUCUGUGAGCGGAGAGUGUCUUCUGUGUCUCAACAACACCUUCGGAUCGGCCUGCAAUCUGUGCGCGCCCGGAUUCUACGGCGACGCCAUCGAUCUCAAGGACUGCCAAAGCUGCGUGUGCGACCAACUGGGAACGGAGUAUUGCGAUUCGCACAUCGGCACUUGCCACUGCAUGCGAAAUGUCGUAGGCGACAAGUGUGAUCGAUGCGACGACGAUCACUAUGGAUUCGAUUCUGGGCUGGGAUGCAAACCGUGCGACUGCGGCGUGGCUUCGGAGAGCACGCAGUGCGAUGAUCACACAGGCGGAUGCAGAUGCAAGCCGGGCGUUGUGGGUCGUCAAUGCGAUCGCUGCCAUCCAGGAUUCUGGAACUACACGUCGGAAGGAUGCUUGCCGUGCUCUUGCAACACGGACUACUCUCGCGGAUUGGGCUGCAACGCGAAGACCGGACAGUGCGAGUGUCUGCCUGGCGUCAUUGGGGAGAAAUGCGACUCUUGCCCAUAUCGAUGGGUUCUUAUUCCCAAUUCUGGCUGUCGUGAGUGCGAUCACUGCCAUCACGCAUUGCUCGAUGUCACGGAUUCGCUGAGAGCCGAAUUAAGUCCUGUUGUGGAGGACUUUGAGACAAUCGCUGGCGGAUACUUUACAGCGCAGAAAUUGAAUUACUUUGACGAACAAGCGAAUAAAAUCCAACCAGAUGUUCUUGCACUCGAUCCCAAAGGAGUCAAUCUGAAUCCUUUGGUCAACGACAUCGAAGGGCUGGAGCAAGAGUUGAAGAAUGCCGAGCGAAGAAUAUCGUAUGCCGAUCAGAAUGCCAAUGAUCUCAAGACGAAAGAGUCCGAGUUGAAGAAGAAAGCCAAUGAAGUGCUCAAAGGCAGUUUCGACACAGAUAGAGCGGUCAAAAUGACUGUGGCGGAGGUUCAGAAGCUGGCAAACAGUCUGGAUGAUGCCGAGGAGGAGACUCACAUCGACAAGGCCAUAGAAGAGGCUGAAGAACUUCUCAAGAGCAUCAUAGCGUACAAUAUAGACUUAGAGCCAGCGAAUGAACAACUCGAGCAGUCGCGCAAGCAGCUAAUGCACAUUGACGUGACAAAGUUGCCAGCGACUCUGCAGCACUUGCAGAUGCAGAACUUGCAGAAUGCCACGAUGGAGUUCCAGGACAGACUCACGGAUGUGUUCAAAUUGGGCACAGGUGCAAAGGACAAGGCUCUGAGUGCCAGAUACUUAAAUGAGAAGAAUAAACAGGCGAAGAUCAAUUCGAAAUUCGAUACUUUGGCCGAGCAAGCGAAGGAAGCUCGUCGUCAUUUGCAAGAAGGACGACAUCGUCUUCAGAAUGCGACGAAAACGAUGCAACAAAUUGCAGAGAACACGAAGGAAAUCGACAGGGCGAAUUAUGAUCUGAAGGAAAUCAAUCUGGUUAUGGGAAAUGUCCUUCCCACCAAGGAGCAGAGUUACAGGAAUAAGACAGGGAAAUUGCGAGAUGCCGCCAUUCAUGCGCAGAAUCUGAAGCUAACAUCGCAGGAUCUUCAGGAUCAAAUGUCGAACAUCGAGGCGAAUUCUGGACCAGCAAUUCGAGCUGCAACUGCAUAUUCUGACAUUGUGAACACCACAAAUGACGCCCGAAAAGCUGUGCGAGAGGCAAUUGAGUCAGCUGGAAAUGCCACGGAUCUCACGACGGGCAUUGAAGAUCGCGCAGGACAUUCGGAUCAAGUGGCGAGUGAUCUGCUGAUAAAUGCGCAGAAAGCGCUCAAUGCGGUGUCGGUUGAUUUGAAGCCUCGUCUGGAUAAAUCGAUGAAUGACGUGAAGAGAAUUCAGGAUCUCAAUCAGAACAGCGAGGAUCAAAAUGCCGCCAUCAAAGCCACCUUGGAUUCCAUAAUUUCCACCCCGAAGACCAAAGGAUUAGAGAGGGCGAAGGACACCUCAGAUACUGCUAACACAAAAGCUCGGGAUUCUCUGAAAGUUCUCAAGCCCAUCGUGAAGUCACUGCCUGACGAUUUGGCGCGUGCACAGGAACUGCCAAAGGAGGUCGACAAGACCCAGAAGGACAUUACGCAGAUCUCCAAUCAAGUGGAUCAGGUGAAGGUGAUCGUGCCGAACUUAGAGAAUCUCGUUGAUGAACUGGAGCAGCGGCAGAACGCAACGAAUCUUAUCUCGAGUGAUCUCGGGGAUAGGAUUGGAAAGCUGCGAAAGCAGGUUGAAAUGGCCAGAGACUUGGCGAAUAGCGUGAAAGUGGGUGUGAAUUUCCAUCCGAACACGACUCUGGAGCUCAAGACACCGCCGAAUCUUCCUCUUCUGGCGUCAAAUACGAAAAUGUCGCUGUUCUUCAACACUGAGAAGCCCAAUGGCUUCCUCGUGUACUUGGGCAACGAGCAGGGCACUGGAGAGAACAGACCCAAGCACAAUGACUUCAUGGCGCUGGAGAUUGAGAAUGGCUAUCCGGCGUUGACGAUGGAUCUUGGCUAUGGUCCCGAGAAGAUCAUAAACAGGAAGUUCGUGGCCGAUGGGAAGUGGCACGAGGCCAUAAUCGAUCGGCAGGGGAACAAUGUGCAGUUGACCAUCAGAGAGGAGCUGGACGACGGCACGGAGAAGCUUCAUGUGGUCAAUGAGACGCUGCCUGGACCGUAUUCUGUGUUCGACGUUGACAAGGACAGUCGUCUGUUUGUUGGCGGCUAUCCGCCGGAUUUCGUGCCACAGCCAGGACUUGUGUACAACUCCUUUGAUGGGCAGAUUGAGGACCUGAAGAUUGGGGAUCAGAAUGUGGGAUUGUGGAACUUCGUGGACGGACAGGAUAACACUGAUGGCGCGAAGGAGAGGAACAAAUUGAUCUCACAUGAAGCGCCAACAACUGGAUUCCGCUUCAAUGGCAACGGAUAUGUUAUCCUGGACGCGAGACCGUACUUCAUGAAGACACGAUCAACUAUUCAGUUCAAGUUCAAGGCGAGCAGGGAUUCAAAGGACGGACUGAUGUUCUAUGCGGGCAAGAAUCGACACUUCAUCGCUGUGGAGCUGAAGAAUGGCGAAGUUCACUUCCAGUUCAAGCUGGGACAACACACUGUCAGCAUGCACACAACGGACAAGUUCAAUGACAACGGAUGGCACGACGUUCAGGCGGUGAGAGAUGGAAGGAAGGGCGUUCUGAUUGUGGACCACAAACCGAUGUACGAAGAGGAGACCUUCGAGGGAACCGAUGAAAAUCUCAGGAUUUCCGAUUCCAUGUACUUCGGAGGCUUCCCAGGCAAACUGAAUCACAGCGAAGUGACGAAUCAAGGAUUCGAUGGUUGCAUUGAUGGUGUCCAUAUUGCCACAUCGCCUGUGGAUCUCAGCAGAAAUCUCAAGGCUUACGGAGUUCGUCCGGGAUGUCCGGAUAAAUUCUCCACAUCGCUCACCUUCAGGCCAAAUGAACCUGGUUAUCUGCGACGAGGAAAUGUGAGCUCGGACAACUUCUUCCAAGUGAAUUUGAAGUUCAGGACCAAACAGGCUGAAGGCGUCGUCUUCUAUGCUGCCAAUCACGACCAGAGCUCGAACAUUGGACUUGUCCUUCACGAUGGACAUCUCAUUCUGUCUAGCAACAGGGAAGCUGUUGUUGGGAAGGCUCUCAACGACGGAGAGUGGCACAUUGUGACGGCAACGCACGACAGCCAGAGUCUGAGACUUGAUAUUGACGAUGAAAGUCACUAUGGAUCUGAUGCUCCGGCUCCGCGUCUUCAGAUCAGCUUCGGUGAUAUCUUCUUCGGUGGCCUGCCGAGGAACUUCCGCGUGCCGAAGAACGCACUGAAGACCACUGCGUACUUUGUGGGUUGCAUAACCGAUGUGACGGUGAACGGAGAUGUUGUGAACUUCGCAGAGUCCACAGACAAGACCAAUGCAGUCUUGGCCGAAUGCCAGUCAGACUUCCUGGACUACGAACUGUGGAAGGUGAAGCAUUACUAUCCGGAGGAAGGCGCUCCGGAUUUGCCAACCAGAUUCGAUGACACCAUAAAUGAAAUUGACGAGGAUGAGACGGAGAAGGAGUUCGUGACAGAGCCUAGUGCACCUGUGUAUGUUCCUAGUCCUUCGCCUAAGCCAAAGCCCACCACAACAACCACCACAACUCCGCGUCCAACUCGCCGACCCGUGACACUGAAGCCUCCAGCGCCGACGGAAUGCAGGCUUCCGGCCGAGCCUGUGUGGGACGUGGACUUCGAGGCUGGUUACAGAUUCGGAACGGGUCUCAACACAAGGGUUGAGUUCCUGCAGAUGCCCACCAAGCCGAAGCGAGCGUACGACUUCUCGCUGCAGUUCAAGACUGCCGAUCCCGAUGGUGUUCUUUUCUAUGCCGCCGACACACGGCACACGGACUUCAUCGCGCUGUACCUGCAGAAGGGCAGACUCCAUCACGUGUUCAAGGGAGGCUCAACGACGGUCAACAUGUCGUCACAGUACGAAUACCACAACAACGAGUGGCACACAGUGGUGUUCACGCGGUCGCACAGCAAGGGCAAGUUGAUUGUCGAUGACGACGAUAUUGCCAAUGGCGAGGCUUCGGAAACUCUGAGAGCCAUGUCAGUGCAUCCGCCUUACUAUCUGGGCGGGCUUUCGCCGCAAGUUGUGGAGGAUUCCUACAUUAACUUGAAGCUGGAGAAGGGCAAGUACUUCACGGGAUGCGUGCGCAACUUCCAAGCUGGCGGACGUCCCGUUGGCGACGCUGCCAAGCUCGAGGGCGUCAUUCCGUGCUCAGAGCAAGUUGAGCAGGGACACUACUUUGGCGGUGGCUUCGUGAAGCUGCGCGAGCGCUUCCGCGUUGGCACGGACAUGACAAUCUCCCUGGACAUCAAGCCACGCACGCAGGAUGGCCUGCUGUUGUCGGUUCACGGGCGCAAGGCUUUCAUGAUUGUGCAGCUGGUGAAGGGCAACAUAAGCUUUGUGGUGGACAACGGAGACGGAGCUUUCGAGGCGACGUUCAAUCCUGAACCGAAUGAGAACUUCUGUGACGGUGAGUGGCGCACUGUGACUGUAGUGAAGUCGAAGUUCGUCAUCACGAUUAAGGUGAACAAGAUCAACUCACAACCGAAAAUCGGACCCACUAAGACACCUUCGGCAGACACAACGCGUCCCUUGUUCCUCGGAGGACAUCCGUAUCUCCACAAGAUUCGAGGCCUGACAUCGAGACAAUCGUACUUGGGAUGCAUCCGAAACGUCCGCAUCCAGGACAGUCCGCAGGAUAUUUCACCAGGAAUGGCGGUGGGAAAUGUUCAGACUGGCGUCUGCUCGACAAUUUGAGGAAGUUUGAGUUUCCGCACAGUCUCGAGAAGAAGCUCGCGAAGGUGACGACGUUUUUGGCAUUUUCUUCAUGGUAAAACGAAACGAUGAUUGGAAUUUAAGAGAUAUUUGCAUAAAAUAUUUUUGGUCUUAUUUCACUAUUGACGACUUCGGCAUAGAUUUGUGACAACGAGGUUGCAAAUUUAGACAAAAAGAAGUGCUUUUUUUUCUCCUCUAUGUAAAAUCAUAUCAAAUCUUAUAUUAUUCUCUCUUUUGUCUAUUGAUCGGCUUGAUUUAUUAAUUAAUUCGCAUAUAUUAUCCAUAUAUUAGCGCUUUUAUGCUUCCAUAUUGAGUGUCUCUUCUAAAUAAAAAUGACCAGCAU